CAAGAAGAAAAAAGGGACGAAAGAAAGAAAGAUCAAGAGUUAUAUAUAUAAUAGUAGUGAUAUAAUACAGAUCGAUCGGUCGAUUCAUCGCAUGGAGCAUUCUAAUAAGAAGGUGGCGGCCGUUGUUGCAGCGGCGGUAUUGCUGGCCGCGUCGGCGGUGGCAGAUGCGUACUGCAACGGCGCCGGGCAGUGCGGGGAGUACGGUUGCUGUAGUAAGGGCGGAGUUUGUGGAGACGGCCUGGAACAGUGUUGUCCCAACUGGUGCGACUUUGAUUGCGACAGAGUCUCUCGCCCCGACUGUCCUUCCCCCGAGGCCUAUCCCAACUCUUUUACCAAUAUUACGACUAAUUAUGUCGCCGCCGGAAACGUUACGGCCGCCGCCGGUUAUAACUCAGCUGGCAAGGUUGUUGCGCCGGGAACUAGCUAGCUAGCGGCGGUAUGGUGCAUGCAUGGCCAGCUGGUAGUUGAUCACGAGGUAGUCCGAGAGUUGCAUGCAAUAAGACAAAUAAUGAUGAUGUGUAUGGAAUAAAAUAAUCGGCUAGCUGUUGAAGACGUACGUACGUAAUUGGACUUCAGUUCAUACUUUGCAUACGAAUUUCCAUAUUCUGUAAUGGAAAAAUGAAAAAAAAUAAUAAAAAUAAGGUUUAUGU